AUGGCUGAUAAGACCCAACAGGUUUAUCCUUCAGUCCCCGCAACCAAUGGUUACCAAAGAAGUGAUGCUGAGUCUUUGCAAUCAGCUGACGAGCUCAAACGCAAGAAGAGAAUCAAGUUAGCCAUUUAUGUUGCAAUUUUCAUUGUAUUUCAAAUUAUUGUCAUAACCGUGAUUAGUCUUACUGUUAUGAAAGUUAAGACCCCGAAGGUCAGGCUAGGCAACAUCAACAUCCAAGAACUCAACUCCUUCCCGGCAACACCUUCAUUCGACACGAAAUUCACAACCCAAAUCAAGAUCAAGAACACAAACUGGGGUCCUUACAAGUUUGAUGCUAGCACUGUCACGUUUUUGUACCAAGGAGCUGCUGUCGGACAAGUGGUUAUUCCGAAGAGCAAGGCUGGAAUGCUUUCCACCAAAAAAGUGAACGUCGAGGUGAGCUUGAAUUCGAAUGCACUGACGGGUUCCAAUCUUGGGAAUGAAUUGAGCUCCGGGGUGUUAACUCUCAAUAGCACGGCUAGUUUGACCGGAAAGGUUGAAUUGAUGUUAAUAAUGAAAAAGAAGAAGGCUUCCACCAUGGACUGCUCCAUUGCAUUCGAUCUGUCAUCGAAGACGCUCAAAAGUUUAGAGUGCAAGUGA